AUGCCGGGGCCCCAGAAGAGGUUGGCGGGAAUGGGGGCCUCGGCCGAGGAACAAAGGGUCUGCGCGCGGCUGCCGGGCGCCUGGGACCCCGGCGCCCACCAGGGGGGCAACGGGGUCCUGCUGGAGGGAGAGCUGGUGGAUGUGUCUCGGCACAGCAUCUUGGAUACCCACGGCAGGAAGGAACGCUACUACGUGUUGUAUGUCCAGCCCAGCAGCAUCCACCGCCGCAAAUUCGACCCCAAGGGAAAUGAACUUGAACCCAACUUCAGCGCUACAAAGAAGGUGAACACGGGCUUCCUCAUGUCAUCGUACAAGGUAGAAGCCAAGGGGGACACGGACAGGCUCACCCCCGAAGCGCUGAAGGGGCUGGUCAAUAAGCCAGAGCUGCUUGCACUGACAGCAAGCCUCACUCCAGACCAAACCGUGGCCUUCUGGAUGCCUGAGGCAGAGAUGGAAGCGAUGGAGCUCGAGCUGGGGGCUGGGUUACGGCUGAAAACGCGGGGAGAUGGCCCCUUCCUGGAGUCACUAGCCAAACUGGAGGCAGGAACCGUGACCAAAUGUAAUUUUGCCGGCGAUGGAAAGACAGGCACUUCCUGGACAGACAACAUCAUGGCCCAGAAGUCUCCAGAAGGGGCCACAGCGGGGGCCCGCGAGCAGGGCGACGGCGCUGAGGACGAGGAGUGGGAUGCCUGAGGUUCAUGGGGGACAGCGGGCCUCCAGGGCCCCACCAGCACCUCCUGUGGCGCUGUUGAGAGGUUCUUCCACCCACUUCCACGCUGGAGCUGAAGGCAAAGAGCAGUCCACCUGAAUCAGCCUUACCUGAUCCUGCCUACCCCCAUCUUGGAACACCCUUUGGAUAAGCGCUCAAAUCGAACCCAAGAUCGAACCCAAGGGGCCCAUACAGUGGCUCAGGGAAGGGCCCUCCCUGGGCAAGAGUCUAGUCUUCUUAGACCUUUUCCAUCCUGGCCCGUGACCUGGGCCUUAUUUUGAUUUUAGUAUAUGUGCUGCCGAAGCGAGCACAACCUGGGCCUUAUUUUGAGAGACAGGUGGUAGACAAGUCCUCUGGGGCAGUCUGAGAUGAACUGGCUUGGUCUUGGUGCAGAGUUGGGGGCAUCCAUUGGUCAGAAUGGUGGGGGGAGUUUCCAGGGGCACUUUUCUCUGUGCAUGUGAUUCUUCCCGCUUUCUUUCCACACCCCUACCCUCUCUCCAAGCUCCCACCUCCUUGCUCCUGUCCCAGCGUCCUUCCACUGCUCCCAUGCCCCCUGGAGUUUCCUGUCUGCUGCCUCCCUGCCUGGACUGGUUCCUGGUGAGUGCUGUUCUCUGGGAGGCCAGCAGUGCGCUCUCGUCGCUCACUCCCCAUCUCUCAGGCUUGCUCUGCCAGGCUGCGUUUUUGAUAACACUUCUGUUGUUGUUUUGUGCCUUGGGAACUUUUUAAUAAACGAGUACAUUUUCAGAAAAGAA